UAUGUGCCCAUGCUUGUGUGUUGCUCUGCCGCCCUGCCUACACCCCUCAAACCUCCGUAAUGUAUUCCUUGUGGUAAACAGCUGUACGCACUCCUAAUAGAUUCUAUGCGUUUAGAUAAUCGCAGUCUGUCACGCGGAAGUCGUUCGAGAUGCUGUGACGCAAAGUUAACGAACAGUGCGCAACGAUUGGGAGAGGACCUUGACGAAGUGUUGCUGCCGAUCGCUAGAAGCUUGGAAUCGCCGGACAUCCGUUAACUGGCGUAGCAAAUACAUGACGGACGUGCCGAAGUUGGAAAUUGUGGGUUUAGUGCUCGACUAGAAGCAUUAUUUAGGACUCUUGUAUCAUGCGGUGCCGGCACAUAUGCGCGUGGCUUUGACAACACGCUCCGUGUCUAUGAGUGAGCUUGGCAUGACAGCCACCGAGACAUGAACAAUCCUCCCCCGAUUUUUCCACGAAGGCCGCAACCACUUGCCUCAGGCACAGAACCAGGCCUUUCCCCUCCACUCUCGCUCGACACCAAAGUCCCAUGUCGCUCACUCUCAUUCAAAGCACCUAAGAAGGAUAUGGCAUCGUCUGAGCCGCUGAGCUUGAAAUACGUUCCUGACGGCUCUUUGGCCGCAUCGGAAGUUGCCAUGGAGCCACCUGUAGCACAGCCUUGCUUGUCUCACACCCAGGCGCCAAUGGCACAACAAUUCACAAACCCCAUCUACCUGCUCAUGGACGACAAUAUGCAAGCCACUGCGAGCAUGGAACGAGCACCUCGAGGGAACCGCGCACCAGAGAUCAGUGACACAGACUCCAUAAUGUUUCUUAAAAAGAACAGACCAAAGCUUCACAGGCAAAAGGGCGAGGAGGCUCCCAACUCACCACAGUUGCCACCCUCCCUUUUUCCUGACAUUUAUGAAGAUGUACCUCAGGGUGUACUGGAAAAAAACCGGAAGUUGAUUGCAGAACAGGAGGCUUGUAGACCAAGUGUUGUUGAUUCUCUGCCAGAAGAUACAAGUGCCAAAGAUGAAAGCCCGAGAACACCACCGACGUCUUCACAGGGCUCUCCUCAGGAGUUUGGGGAGCCAGUGCGCGAUGUGAGUGUGUUUUGGAAGCAGCCCCAACUGUCGAUUUCAGGUGUUUUCUACGAGUUUCCUGUCCAUCGAUCUCCUCCAAGCAAGCAAGAUCUGGUGUCACUAACCUAUGACACACCUCCUAGCCUCAGGAAGCAAAUCUCACUGAAUGACAGCGAAUACGAAAGCAUGUCAUUCAAAACACCUCCGUCAUAUGAAAUUCCACCACCGCCACUCCCCGUCAGUUGUGACUCACCGACACUGAAGCAACGCGAAUCCUCGGAUGAUGAUGAGCCUAAAUUCUCAGUUGCGGCAUGCGCAGUACCAGAAGACUCUCUUUCACCUUCCACCUCGGCACCGAUACUGUAUGAAGUGCCCAAACCUUUCCCAAGGCCAUGCAUUUCGCCUCCCGGGAAAACUUUUGUUUUUCCAGGUCCACCAUCUGAACUCUAUGACAUCCCACCGCAACGGGCAGCUUUUCCUUCACUCUCCGAUUCACCCAAGAACUCUGAGUUCAUGGAUGCAUUUGAUGUUUUUCUGUCAGAUGAUACCGAAUCGGAAUACUUGCCAUUGAUAACUCCUCCACCAUCCUACCCACCACCACCACCUCCCGAGCCGGAGCCUCCCGAAAUACCCCCGAGGACUAACACUGCCAUCGCAUUACCUACAAGAUGCUUGCCCCAACCACAGGUCCCAGUUCCAGCUGUCAGAACCUCACUCACAAAGCGGAACCAACUUGACCAGCAGCCAACAUGCUCCACACCACUCUCAAACUCUGCAGAUGAGGGAAAGGCGAGCCCUCGGACCAAAACAGCAUCUACCUUUUAUCGUGCUCUUCUGCCAAGCCAGUGCCCUGUUCCAGCUGCCUUCAAGGCUGAAUUCGAACAAAGCCCAACACUAUCUCUACGAAGCACUUCGUCAAAUGCUCCUCAGAGUGCCCCAGACUCCCCGCAACUUGAAAACCGAUUUGGGCACAGAGCGCUCGCUGAUGCGAGUGAUCGCUGUCCUUCCAGGCAAGAUACAUCUGCAACAAGCGAUUCCUCUUCGCUGCAAUCAGAAGACUGCUGGGCCGCAGACAAGCUGGACUUCUCUGGAUAUGUUUACAAAGCUGGAACAAAUCGCAAAGGAUUCCAGAAAUGCUGGUGCACGUUAAAUGAUGGCUGUUGGAGCUACUAUGCGUCAGAAAAGGACACCAUUCCACUAGGUGCCUUGGCACCUCAGGACAUUGGGGCCGUUUUUGCUGUAGCUGGAAAUGAACCAAGCCCAGCCACGUCCACAGUGCCCAACCUGUGGUGCUUCGAGAUACAAGCGCUACAGUCGCAAAACCGACCCCUGUUGCUGGGCGUGCCUACGCUGCCCGAGCGAAGGGAGUGGCUCGAGCGACUGGCACGCCUGGUAGCCCCGCAGACAAGCAACAGUCUCAGUGCACGCCAGUUGCACGGUGAGCCCAAGCAUGCCGGCCGGCUGCACCUCAAAGAAGGCACCAGUGGCUUCUGGCAAACAGCGGGUGUAGUGCUUCGUGGGCGGUCUCUCGGCAUAAACCUUCCAGGGAAUGUGGAGCAGAUUGACUUGCACAGGGUCAUGUCUGUCGGCAAGAUAACCGCUGACCAGACCUACUUGACUUAUGGGGGAGCUCAGGAGCGAGGUCCUUCGUUCCAAGUGAGAAUCCCUGGUAGGGUGCUCUACCUCCAGGCAGAUCAUCCGAAGCACACAGAAUCCUGGCUAGCGUCUGUCACUGCAGCAUGGCAGACUCCUCCGGAUGCACCAUUAUCCGAACAGUACAUCACACAGGAGGGCGUCCCUGUUGCUGUGGACCGCUGCAUCAACUUCAUCAGCACACAUGGUACCCUGUUGACUGGCAUCUAUCGGCUUGCUGGUUCAAGUGCAAAGAUAAAGAAGUUAGUGGAACACAUGCUGCAAAACCCUUGGGACCUGCACCUGACUACUGAGGAAUACUCUCCGCACGAUGUUUCCAAUGCAUUAAAGCGCUACUUGAGGAGUUUCAAGGACUGCCUUCUGACAAGUUCUCUAUUCAAUAGCUGGAUUCAGUCAAGCAAGUGCCAGAAUCCAGCAGAAAGGAGGAAGAUGGUCAAAAACCUGUUGAACGAGCUCCCCACAGUGAACUACUUACUCCUGAAAAAGUUGAUCAGCCACCUCAAGAGCAUCAGCGAUCACAGUGACAAAAAUUUCAUGCCAGUACUCAACCUGGCCCCAGUGUUUGGGCCAUCAGUGCUUUACAAGAUAGUUGAAGACGUUGAAAACGAGACACCAGCCAACUCUAGCUUUGAGGAGAACAAUGCUUCUAUGGACGUUGUUGCCGACCUAAUUUCCGGCUACACCUGGUUCUUUGAGGUGGAUCCUGCCGAGAUGGAGAAAGAGAAACGAAUUCAGGCAGCCAUGGAUCUUCUUAGAGAAGCUAAAAUCGCUCAGAGACCAGCGGGCGACAUUCUAGUCGGUGUGUACGUCUACAGCAAAGACUGGGGUCAUUGCAUCAAUGUCAAGCUCUCUCCAGCCAUGACAGCAGGUGCAUUGUGCAAACACACCAUGCAGCAGUUGAAUAUAAAGGAGCCCAUUAAUAAAAUGGCUGUUUUUGAAGUUGUCUGUGAUCAAGAUCUGGAACGACCUUUGCAUCAUAGCGAGCCCGUCCUUUCAGUCGUCGUUCGCUGGGCCAACUGGGAUGCAUCGUUCGCAAAGUCCAAUUACCUUUGCAUCAAGAACAACUAUGUCUAUGACGAAAUAGCACCCCUCGUAUCGAAUCGUCAGCCACUGUCUGUGUUCAGCGAGCUUCGCUAUGCCGAGGCCCGUCAGAAGAGCUUCAAGAAAUCUGUGCUUGAGUUUACAGGUGGCAAGAUAACGCAGUACAAAGAUUCAAAGGCUAGUCAGCUUCUGAACCAGUGGAACAUUGAGGAUGUCCUCUGGUUUAUGGGGUGUGAAUCACGGCGGAGCCCACCUUCCAAGUGGAAUUUUACAUUUGUGAUGCGUCAGGGAGACAUAAAGAGGACCAGGGACCGUCCAUUUUUUGGCAACUGUGUGAGCCUAGCCACUCAAGAAGAAUUUGAAAAGUGGCUCGCAGCAAUGCUAAACGCCGAGUUCCCAAAAGGUAUUUUCCCCCCUGCUCCGGAGCCUAUUCCUGACCUGCUUUCCUGAUCGGCUCUGAGGGAGAAGCGAGUUCACUUCAAUCUUUUUCUCGGCAUCUGGCUCCUUUUCUAAGUCCUAGCCCAUGCAUGUGUGUUGAAUCUCUUUGCUUUUAUCGGUUGUUACUGGUUCUGCUGCUGUGGGCAGCAAAAGUUUGCGGGAUGAUAGAAUACCAGUCAAACCACAUUGUUGAGAGUCUUGUAACUGGAGGCUGAAUUACAUGUUUUGGCUGCCAUCACUUUCAUGCAGUUGCAUUUGCAGCUUCCCUACAAGGUGCUCUGCUGAGGCUUUGAAGACUGCAGAGCCACAUUUUGAGCAAAAGGCCAUUUUUAAAUUUAUUCCUCUUUAUACAAUAAUGGACUUGCCACUGCAAUGUGACCAAGUUAUAUAUCCAUCGUGGCUCGCGUGUUCAUGCAUCCACCUUAGUAUCAUGCACCUUGCAUCUGUUCCAGACGCUAGAAAAUGUUUCUUAAAAGCAGUGAGCAAAAAUAUCGCCAAGGAAGAGAUGGGAAUGUUUAACUGCUAAGUAAGAUUCACCGUGAAAAGUUUUGUGUGCAGUAUGGUGAGCUGGUAACUGGGCAGCCCGUAAACUUCUGCAGUGCCUUGUGCACAUCUUUUUCUCCAGAUGCCACUGUUGCUGUUGUGGUGUGCUGGUUGUUAAUUGUGUGUUUUUUUUAUCCUAUACUGCUGACAUAGUAGUAAUAUGCGCACACUUGCAAUGUCUGUAGUAUGUAAGUGUGGUUGUUGUUUUGUAUAGUUGCAUCUCAUCCACAGUUAUAUGUAGCUUCGUUAAGCAUGUGAAGCUGUACUCGAGAAACUAUUUUAAGUGUGGUUAUGUUUUAUACAACGAAUUCAUCUUACUCUCCUUUUCUUUUUUUUUGACAUUUCUCAAGGCGAAGGCACGUUGAUGAUGCUGAGAGUUUCACAGGGUACUGCUUUGAGCUAAGGGUGGGGCAGAGAAGACAUAAGAAAGGGUUGGCUGUCACUACUGUGUGAAAAGCCACUCAUGGUUAGUGAAGCUUACGUUGUGGAUUUCAAUCAAUCGUCAGUCUAGGCCUGCCAUGUACGUCUUUUCUAGCUAACUCAAACCUCAUUAUAACAAAGUUGCAUCCUACACAAAAAUGAGUUUGUUAUAUUUGCUAAUUCAUUAUAAAGUUAUAUUCCUAACACUA